UUCUUACGCUACGAGGGCGGCUUCGUCGACGGCGCGAAGCACGGCCGCGGGAUCCUCACCUUCUCUGACGGCGGCUCGUACGACGGCGAGUUCACACGGGACGAGAUGACGGGGAUCGGGAAGAAGACGUGGGCGGACGGGAGGUGGUACGACGGCGCGUGGGUCGAGGGCGAGAUGCACGGGUACGGCACGCACUGGUCGCCGUCGGGCGAGUGGUUCGAAGGCGACGUCGCGCGCAACGUCCGCGUCGGGAAGGGCGCGCUCACGCGCGCGAACGGCGACACGUACGAGGGCGACUUCGCGCGGAACCGCCCGAACGGGCGCGGGGUGGAGACGAUCAAGGCGACGGGGGAGCGGUACGAGGGCGACGUCGUGGACGGCGCGCGGCACGGAAGAGGGACGUCGUCGACGCCCUUCGGCGACGCCGACGCCGACGAACGCAGUACGUACGACGGCGAGUGGAGCGAGGGGUCGCGGCACGGCCACGGC